AUGGACUCUGUGGAGGCAGUGAUCAACCCCAAAUGGAGACCCAAGGACCUUGAUGCUAUUCCACAUGUUGAGAUCCGUCCUAGUGAUAUCUUCCUCAUCACUUACCCCAAGUCAGGCACAGUGUGGAUGCAGCAGAUUCUGGUGCAGAUCAUGGAGGCUGCACAACCUGAUUGGGUAGAAGAUGGCACCAAUAGGAUCCGAGUUCCUUGGCUGGAGGGGAGACUUUUAGAAGACCCUUUCCGAGAAAGACCAGAUCCUCGGAUCUUUUUGUCACAUCUUCCCAUUGGCAUGUUGCCCCUUGGCGUGAAAGAAAAAAAAAUCAAGGUAACCGUUUGUGCUAUUCAAUCACUGAUUCAAUCAUCCAUCUUUGGCCAUAUGCACAUACAGCACAUAUAUCUCUUUUUUCUUCAGGUUGUGUAUGUUUGGAGGAACCCCAAAGACGUCCUGGUGUCAUAUUACCACUUUGCUCACAGUUGGAUGUUUAUUGAAGCGCCUCAGAGCUUUGAGGAUCUCCUUCACCAGUUCCUAAAUGGUCACAGUUACAUGGGAUCAUGGUUUGAUCACAUGAGGGAAUAUUACGCAGCACGAGACCAACUGAACAUCCAUUUUGUGCAGUAUGAGAACAUGCUGAAGGACCUCAGAGGAGAAGUUGUGAAGAUUUGUGCUUUCCUGGGAAAAGACUUGACAGAUGAAGCCAUCGAUCAUGUUGUGGAGAUGUCCACAUUCAAAAACAUGAAGACCAACCCCAAAGCAAACUACAAGGACUUAGUUGAAGGCAUUCAAUAUAAGACAAACACCAUGCGCAAAGGUGUGGCAGGUGACUGGAAGAAUUUGUUCACUGUGGCCCAGAAUGAACGUUUUGACAAAGUGUUCAAGGAGAAGAUGAGUGACUUUCCUCUCACCUGCACCUGGGAGAUGACACAGUAGCUCCUCAACUCAGCCCUUAAGCCUCCCUCUACAUGAGCUCACAGUUAGUUAGAAAGUUUCAUUCUCAGUUUAGGUUGACUACGUGGUGUGUUCAAGAACAUUUGUGUUCAAUAAAUUUGUUUUAUCAGCUUGUUUUAACAGAAACAGUCUCUCUGCUCACAAGGCAUACAGUCAAUCAAAUCUUGUAGGUAAUUUCAGUUCUUGUUAUUUCAGGAAUAAUUUCCUUUAGUCAAACAAAGGCAAUAAUGAAAUUGUUUCUCGAGACAUUGAGAGGAUAUACAGACAGAUCAAAAUUCCUUGUUUCAUAGGUAGAUGUUCUUAUAAUUCUUUUAAAAUGAUGUAUUUCAAUGGAUUAUACAUGUUAUGUAUGCAGUUUUUAACUUUGUUAAGAUCCCCAUUUUUCUCUUUGUCUCAUUUUUACAUCUUAGUUUCCGUUAAUUUUCCGUCCUUAUUUUAAUGUCCACUCCAUAUAUUUUCUGUGUGAAGUAGAAGUUCAUGGUCAUAUUUUAAAUUGAGGUUCAGUUUUAGACAGGUUUAAGAGUCUACACACCAACAAGUCCUUUUUCAUUGCGAUGCUUUUCUUGUGCGAAGACUUAAAUUAAAAAAAGGAAAUAAAAUGCUUGUGAUGGGACACUGUGUAAAACAUAAAUAAAACAGAAUGUGACCAUUCAAUAAAAUCUGAUCAAAACUUA